CUUUUACAUUAUUUCUUCUCGGUGAUAAUAUUCAUGGCAACUACCUCCAGUAUGUGCAUGGUUAUGAGUCCAAUAUGAAGUGUAUCAUCCCAGGCAUUCACAUCAAAGUCUUUGGAAGAGCAAUCCAUUCCUUGUCAAGAAUUGGAGAUGAACUAUAUUUUGAACCUUUAGAACAUGGGCUGGCUUUGCGGACAGUAAAUUCUUCCAGAUCAGCCUAUGCAUGCUUCCUGUUUUCUCCCUCAUUUUUCCAAGAUUAUGAUGAUGGUGUUUCUGAUAUUUCAUCUCAAAACAGUGAGGAGGAUGCUCUUCGGUGUAAAAUUGGAAUGAAGUCCUGUCUAACCGUAUUCAAAUCGAUGGCAAAUAUUGAGAAGACGGUUGAGAGAUGUAAGAUCAAAAUGAAUAUCCAAGAAGCACGACUAGUGUUCCAACUUCAUUGUAAACAUGGUAUACUUAAGACCCACAACCUGGCCUUUAUAGAAUGUGAGACCCUCCAGGCAAUCUUCUCCAAAGACAUGUGUAUCAACAAGCUCACAGCCCAUCCUAAAUUGUUGUCAGAUGCUGUUCUGAAUUUUCAAAAUAAUCAAGAGGAGAUAACUCUGAUUGCAUCUCCUGAAAGAAUAAGCUUAAAGAAUUAUGUAGAAGAAGAACCAGAUCCAAACAAAGUUAUGCACACAAUGUUGAACCUUGACCCUAGUGAGUUUGAUAGCUGUCAGGUGGGCGUUGACACAGAAAUCACCUUCUGUCUGAAGGAGUUACGGGCCAUUCUAUCUUUUGGAGAAGCCACUGGAAUGCCCAUCUCUAUACAGUUUGAGACUUCUGGAAGGCCUGUAGUUCUUUGUAUAGACAGUGACAGUGCAUUUGAAGCCAAUUUUGUCCUGGCAACUCUAGCUGACCAACAACCAUCUCAGUCUGGAGCUGCAUCACAGCAAGCUUCAUCUUCAAGGAAUGUUCCUCAGAAACAGAAUAGAAAAGCAAAACCCAGUGGUCACACAACCUCCUGCAAUCAGCAAGGACCAUCUAACGGUGGGGAUGGAGACCGCAACACAAAAGAGGAUACCAGCAACCACCGCAGACAAAAACAGGGAACAGAAAAACAAAAUAGGAGUGAACGUUUAGAGAUGGCUUAUGUUGAACUGAUGGAAGGGGAUUUUGAUGAUGAAAUGAUAAAUGAUGAAACUGAUAUGACUUUAGUAACCUAUAACCAAAGACCUGAAGAAUCAGCUGUAAAACAUCCACGAGGAAACACCCCUAGAACAGAAAGUCCAGUACCACAUUCAUCUCGGAUCGAGGUUCCCAUAGCUACAACGACAGCUUCUCAGGACAGCCCAGUAAUACCCAAUCAGUCUGUAACAAAGUUUUUUGAUACAAGUGUCUCAAAUUUAUCUUUCAAUGAAAAUGAUGAUUAUGAGGAGGAGGAAGAUGAUGUUGUUCCAGGCACACCACCCAGGAAAAAGUUUCGAUCGCUGUUUUUUGGUAGCUCUCAGACGAGCACACAAUCUCAAUCUGUCCUCCAGACCAGUGUGGUAUUGGCAGAGGACACUGACGAAGAUGACUGACAUUUUGGUGGAUAUUUCUCAUAGUAGAAAUGAAAGAUGCAGAUGUUUAUAUACAAGACACAAAGAUAUGAAUACUUGGUGAAGCCAUAUCUGGAAUGUGUCAAAUGUAUUUUAUUUAAAGUGCCUAGAAUGUAAAAAAUGGUAUUCAAGGACAACAAUGGCAAUUUGGAUUAAAACCAAUAUGAAGAUGUAUAUUGUUGCAAUAUAAAAAAAUAUAUUGUUACAAUAUAAAAAAAUAUAUUGUUA